AGCUAUAAUCAACUUAUCGCUUAUCAAUCUAAUACCGUAUAUUUUAGAAGUCCGAUGAAUCAGCCUUGCACCCACCAAUUCAUCAUCAACUUUUCUUAUGAACACGCACCCCCCUAGUGUCUCUUUUUUCCCCCAAAAAAUUCAUUCAGUUCUUUACCCAACUCUCUCUCUCAAAUGAAUAUAUGUACGCCGAAUCUUACUUGUAAUUUUUGAACUCAGAUACGUUUUCUCGUAUUUCUUCCCCCUUUUCCUUUUGCACUUUCUUGUAAAAGAAAGUAUUGGCUUCGAGUUUUUCAUGUUCUCUACGAAGAUCAUGAUCUGAAAUUUGUUCUAUUCCGUAUUACACAUUGAUUUGAUCCAUUCUGAACAUAUGUUUCUGAUUUCUUUUUACGAAAAUAGUCAAUACUUUCUUUCGAACUCUCUGCAUUGAUCAAUUUGUUGUGGGUUCUUGAUAUCUUAGUUUACGGUUUCUGCUUGUACUAUACGUAUAAAACAAAAAUCUUGUGUUAUUUUAUUUGGAGUAUUACAUUUAAGGAUUCAGUGUGGAUUGUUCCUCUGCAUCAACCUAAGAAAUCCUCUACUGCAUUACAUAAGAAGGAAAUGAGGGAUGUUUUCUUGGUUGGGAAGAACAGUAUCCGCAUGUUUGCGACCUUUGGGCCGAUAUGCCCGUAUGAACAAGGAUGAUGAUGAUUCUUUGGGAGGCGAGGAUGAUGCACUUCUCUGGUGCAAAGACCUUGAGAAGCAUUCUCAUGGAGAGUUCUCAUUCGCAGUGGUCCAGGCGAAUAAAUUUCUGGAGGAUCAGAGCCAGGUUGAGACUGGUCACCAUGCCACCUUUGUUGGUGUUUAUGAUGGCCAUGGGGGCCCUGAGGCAUCUAGAUUCAUCGUUGACCACCUCUUUCAAAAUCUAAUUAUGUUGUUAUAUGCUAAAGAAAUUUUGCGGUGUUGUUGCUGCAGUUGUCUUGUUGCAUGGUAUGUUUUAGCGCAUUCUAUUAUUAUUAUUAUUAUUUUGUGAAGGCAUCAGCUUGAUUGUUACUUUAUCGACUGAGUGACAUUGAAGAAGUGGUAUCAUGAUUGCUUUUCUUUAUUGUUACUCAUAUUUUAACCGCUUCUGACAGCAGGCAAUAAUAGAUUCAAUUGUUUCUAGUCAGUUGUCAUUUUACUUGUUGAAGGUCUGAUUAUUCCAUUUUAGAAUUAGGGCCUGUUUGAUAC